AUGUCGUCGCAGAACCAGCAGCAUGAAACAACCGUCUGGCUCUGGCCGACGGGCCUGUUCCCGCGCCGGAUCAUCUACUACCUCCGCGCAAAGAACAUUACGUCCUCGAUGCUUCUCAAGAAGAACAUCCACCUCAUCCCCCUCUUUCUUGACAAAGACGCGCCGACGCCAGACAUCGUCCCCCGCCCCGGCCUCGAAGCACGUCCUCCCGGAACUUCGGUGCCGGCACUGCGCAUCACAUACGCCGAUGAUUUGAGCUUCUGGAUAUACGAGUCGAAUGCGAUGAUGGAGUACUUCGAAGAAGUCUUCAGCGUGGCCAAUGGGUAUCCUGAUGUGAGGGGCGCAACCAUACAGCAACGAGCUCGGACGAGAGACAUCUUGAGCCUGCUCUCCGAUGCCGUCACUUGGAGUAACGUCGCGCUUGUACAUUCGCAUCCGAACACGGUGUCCUGGUCGGGCUUGACGGAGGACGAGAUGAGUGAGAGCGCGGCAAAGCAUGCGCGUGGCAAGUUCCACAUGCUCUUGUCGCGGUUGGAGGCUCGGAUACAAGGAGACGUGGUUGGCAACAAGAGCGAAAGUUUGAGUGGUGAUGGCGCAAACGUCACAUUAGCGGACCUCUGCAUCAUGGCCCAGGUGGAGUAUAUGCAGGAGAUGUAUGGUCUCGAUUGGGUCGCCGAACAUGGGGUGUUGAGGGUCUGGUAUGAUAGGAGCAAGGGACAGAGUUGGGUUGUCGGUAGGAGUGCGCUACAGGACGUUGAGAGAACGGGCGAAUGGACCGGAGUACUUGACAUUUAA